UUCAAAUUUUAAUUACUUUUUGUGCCAACAGCCAUCAAAAUGAUAAUUGCAUAUGAGAUGAUAAAUAACACCUUUGUGGUAUUGAUGAAAAUGAUAAACAUUGAAAAAUGUCAGUCUAAAAGGAUUUUCAGAUCAAAAUAUGUUUCUAAUUGACAUCACCCUUUUUAACAGCAAUAAAUGUGUCUAUGUUACAAAACCCCAAAAUUAACUAGGGAAAAAACAUAAUCAAUUAAGAGACUCAUCUUAGUUUGAUCAAUGAUUGGGGGUGCUACCCUUAGUUGUAAAAAAUGGGUUUAAUUGAGAAAUCCAAGUUAGGAGAUUGUAAAUCCAGUGGAAUAGAGAUAAAUUUAACAGACUAUUUUAAGAGAAUGGUGGUAAUGUAUAUGGUAUUCAUAAAUUUUAAAUCUAAAAGAUGA